AUGCAGUUAUAUUACUUUGACUUUAAUGCAAAAGGAGAACCUAUCAGGAUUCUACUUCAUCAUGCGAAAGUUGAAUUCGAAGAUAUAAGAAUAAAGAGAUAAGAUUGGCUAGAAUUUAAGCAUAAAAAUUUGAGUAUUUUGGAGUUUGGAUAGGUCCCUGUUCUCAAAGUUGAGGAAGGGAAGUAUCUUACAUAAUCUUUAUCAAUACUGAGAUACCUCGGUAGUUAAUAUGGAUAUUAUCCUUCUGAUCCUUUUCUUGCUUACUAAGUUGAUUCGAUCGUUGAUAGUCUUCAAGACUUCACUGCAAGCUUAAUGAAAGCAAGAGAAGAUGAGAAUCCAGAAAAAUUAAAAGAGAAUUUGGCAGAAUGGACAUCUGUAACUCUCCCAAAAUUUUUGACAGCUUUUGAAAAUAGAUUAAUAGCAAACGGAAAUAACAGAAAUAUAGUAGGUGAGAGUUAUACAAUUGCAGAUUUUGUUCUGCUCAGUGUAAUCUACAAUAGAUUCUACAAUGAAUAAUUUUAAUAUUCUUCUCAAUUCCUGCCAGUAUUUGAAAACUUUCAAAAUCUCACACAAUAUGCCAAAAAUCUUGGAGAAAAUUUCAAAGAGUAUCUAGAAAACAGACCAAAGAGUGCAUUUUGA